GGAGUUUAGGAAGUUUUUCGCCCCUCCCAGUUAAGAGUUUGGCGCAAUAAAGGAGAAAGUCGUGAUAAUGACAUAGAUUCUAAUGGGGAAGUCUGACUUUGUUGGCUAUGUUUCCCCAUUCUGAAACUGAACGGAAACUUUCGCAGGUGCCCUCUUUCAAAGAGAAGUUUGAUCAUUGCGUCUGUCUGUGUAGUCUACCUGCUUUUCGUGUUUUCACAAGUUGGAUAUUCGCAACUGCACCGGAGCAGAAGGACUGAUGAAGCGAAGCACCGGCGCACCCGUGGAUUGUAUGAUCUGGAGAUCAACGGUGGCCCACCAGACUCUGCUGACUUGCAGAACGAUGCAAAUGUUAUGGUCCCCACCCGCUCCAAUGUGGUGUACAUAACGCUAAAGACUAAGCGUCGUAAACCGGCGCAUAUACGAGGUACAAUCCGACCUAAAGUGAGGAGAAAAGUGAGAAGAAACAAGUUUUCCAAAAUGUCUUUUGCGCAGAACAAACGUCGCACUUUGGACAGGGAUGCGGCACAAAUUAACCGCAACUUUGCACCAAUGCCGUCUUGGGAAGAAACCAAGGAUGUUGAUUAUAAAUCACUGGAUAUACGCUAUAAAAGUUAUAAACAGGAAGAAACAAAUUCUCAGAUUAGUUCAAUUCGAAUUUACAGCCAAAGGGCACCACCAUGGUUCAGCUCACAGGAUAUGAACACCAUGCGCUUUCUUGCGGAUGCCAAAGUUUUGCGCAUGAAAGAAGUCUCUCCCGGAGAGGCUCAUUCGUUUCUGAUAUUUGAGGGUGAGACAAACGUUCAACCAGCCAACCAACAACACACAAAACGCAGCGUUGUAUGCAGAGGGCAAUGCGGAGUCAUCCUCAGCCCCGUGGAUAACCCGGAGGUUUUUGCUUUUCAUUUGGACAGAGUGCUGGGGCUUAAUAGGACAUUGCCAGCUGUAAGCAGAAAGUUUCACUUUUUGUAUGAUGGGCAGUCCUGUCCAGUUGUGUCAUGGGAUGCAUCUCUGUACCCAGAAGGCCUUGCUGCGGGUUUGACCAAUGUAAAGUUAACAUGGGGGGAGUACCAGGACUCCUUAAGACAGAAGUGCUGGCAGAAAAACAUCAGCCCAAAGGCUGACUCCGGCUGCUCUACAAUUCAUCACUAUGAGUGGAGCAAGCUUGCUCUGUUUGACUUCUUGUUACAGAUUAACAACCGUCUGGACCAGAGCUGCUGUGGGUUCAGGCCUCGGCAGGAGGAUGUGUGCGUUGAACUCGGUUACCAUGCUAAGUGUCGGGAUGCCGACCACAUACAGCUGGAAAACAUCAUCUACAGGAGCCAGAACCCCAGACACCUGGUCUUCACCUAUAACAAAGGAUUCUUUGACCGCAAUGAGGACAACUUGGACUUCAGGCUGUUGGAGGGAAUCAAGGAGUUUCCAGAGCAAGCUGUGUCUGUGCUGAGGACCAGGAAACUGAGGGAGAAACUUCUCCAGUCUCUGUUCCUUGACCAGACAUACUGGGAGAGCCAGGGUGGUCGACAGGGUAUCGACAAGCUAAUCGACGUUAUCGAGAGGCGAGCAAAGGUCCUCCUCACCUACAUCAAUGCCCAUGGGAUCCAAGUCAUAUCAAUGAAUGUGUGAUGAAGAUAAAAAGGGACUUUUUUAAUUUACUGGAUACUGAAAGCCUUUAAAUAGUUUUGAGUCUAAUCUUUACUUUAGAAAAGAAAUUGCUUCCAUUUUUUUUCAAGUGUUCAUGUCUUUUAUCCCCACAGUUCGAUAGACUGCCACCAUUAUGUCAUGAAUAUUGGAUACUACAGUUAUAACUUUUGCUCUCCCCGAAGCCUUUCAACAGGUGCAAUGUGAAUUUUGUAUGAAUGGAAAUCUCAAAAUCAGCAGUUUUCUUCUCUGCUUCCAAAGUGCAACAAGUAUUUAGAAGCUCAUAAAACUUCUUUGAGUAGCUGCUUUUUCAAUUAGGGUCACACAAUCCACACUGCUCAGAGUAGAGCCGCUGUUCCUCCACAUCGAGAGGAGUCAGUUGAGGUGGCUCCAGCGUCUGACUAGGAUGCCUCCUGGGCGCCUCUUGGGUGAGGUGUUCCGGGCAUAUCC